AUGCUUUUUUUGGGAUUAUAUACCAUCCCGCCCAUUUUUGACCGAAUAUUUAAAAAAUCAUUAUAUCUUUUUUUAAAACCAUUCAAAAACUUGAAUUCUGCAAUACCAAAAUAGUUUAUUAAACUUACAGAUUAUUUUAUAUUCCUUCUUAUUACUCUUUAGUGGCAUCCAAUUAAUUUGAAGAUCUUAGAAACAACAUUAUUGAAAUAAUUCCAUUGAAAAGAGCUGUGGAAACUGCUUUUUUGCCCUUUAAAAUCAUCCCAAAAAAUCAAAAAUAAUUCUAGACCCUCAUUUGCAUAAAAUUUUUCUCUCAGUAGAAGGCUAUAAAAAACUAUGAGGAAUAUCCAUUUAUUGAUUAUGAAAAAUUAUUAUCUAACCAAAAUAUAAAAGAUAUCAAAAUGUGUGGUCUCUUCUAAUUAUUUAUAAUUAAAAUAAUGCAAACCUACUCAAAUAGUAUAUUCAAGAGAUCUAAUAUUGAAGUUAAGCUUGGAUUGAAAGUUCUUGUAAUACUUGAAACUAAAUCCUAUGUAAGUAGAAACCAUUUAGGAAAACAUUAGAAGAGUAACAGAGGGAAAGAAAUACCUCUAAUUUAGAGAACUUUUUGUUUUGUUUCACAUUCAAGAUUCAUACAUGGUUUGACAGAUUAAUUCAUUCAAAAUAUUCGAGAAUUGAUGUUAAUUUUUGA